AUGAAGGUUGAUCUUGCCGUCGCUCUCGUCUCCAUCCUUGGCAUUGCUGAAGCUGCCACGCCCAAAAUCGUUACCCACGUCAGCAGUAUGGGAAUUGGCACCUCCACUUAUCAUGACACUUCCGGCAAGGCUAACGGUCUCGGCAACUGGACCGACGGUUGUAAGGGCACUAGUUACGACUGGAUCAAGCAGGUUUGCAUUGACCUGCCCAGGAAGAGGGCACACAUAAUUUACCCGAACGGCACAAAGCGCUGCUUCAGACAGUCCAGCUCAAAGACUAGUCCGUGUGGAACCGGCGUUACUUGCACCACCACUACAUUGACCGAAUCCGGAUGUAACUGGAGGUUUGCUGACCCUGAAAUUGAUGAUGAUGUGGACAACAACAUCAUUUAA